AUGACUUCGCAAAACGUCGGAGACAACCUCCUUUCCGCUACGAUCAACGCCGCUAGGCUGACCGGCCAAGGCGUCGAGUCGGCCAGCAGACAGGUCGGCAAGCUAGGCAAGAGGAAGAACUGGAGGAAGCUGGGAAGAAUGCUCAACCAAGUAAACGGUAUGACGGGUGACAAUUCUGGAAGCGAUGGCGAAUACAACGAUUACAACGACAACGACAAUAGCGGAUUCGGGUUUGGGGACGAUUCGGGCGGCUUUCAAGACCAACAGCAAGGACAAUUCCAGCAGAGCUUCGAUUCGUCUUUCUUGGACCAGUCGCAGCAGUCAUUCGACUUGGGUGACAGCCAACAGCAAGCAAUGUUCCAGCAGCCAGCAUACGAACAACAGACGACCUUUGAGUAUUCCGUUCAAUCUGAUCAGCCAGGAUAUGAUAUGUCCACAUUCGAACAGCAGCCUGGGCAAUUCAGUAUCACGACAGAGGUUUCUUACACCACAGCCGAGCCUCAACCUACGUUUGAGCAACAGAGUUACGAGCCUCAGCAGGAUCAAUUUGUCCAACAACCCUACGAGCAGCAAUCUAGUUUCGAGAUUCAGCAACAAACCACAUUCGAGCCAAUGCCAGCCCAAGAUUCUACUGUCAUAGAUCCAUGUCAGCAGGCUCAACCGUUCGAGCCUGUUCCAACUGUACAGCAGAUAGACUGUCCGCCGCCAGUAUUACCACAAGAGACUUAUGUGCAGCCCACACCCCAACCAAUGUAUCAACCGGAGCUGCAGCAAACAUACUCUACUCAGCAGUACACCUACGAUCCGACGCAGGCACCCCAAAUGACCCAGCAGCAGGUGACUGUCACUUACCAAGUACCCACCUACGCCACCGAACCAGCACAACCCUUCAUCCUUCAGUCUCAAGCAGCAGAACCAGUCUACCCGAUCUACAUCCCGAAUAACCAACCUGAAAUUAUCACUAGCGAUGCACACCUCGUUGAAGUGCCGGGUACUGAUGACACAACUCUCAUUCUAAACAGUGGAUAUGGAGGCAACGACAUCCUCGCCGGCACAAGCCUGGCCGCAGAACAAAAUACUCUGGCAACCCAAGUGCCGCAAGACCCCGUGGUCAAUGUUACUAUGCAGCAGUCGCAGUCACCUGUAGUGGAAACUACUUAUUCGCCGGCGCCGGCGGUUCAACCUACCGCUGGAAAGACGGAAACAGUCGUGUCGGUUGAUGCUGUGCCAGUGGACAACUUCAACACGGCCGAGAGGUGCAAUCAGUUAAUUUGA